AUGAAAAGAAAAAAUAUUCAUGAUGAAUCUCCAGAAUAUCUUAGAGAAUUUAUGCGAUCACUUAAUAAGUUACCUGCUCACUACUGUCGCAAGGAAACUUUGAAAGAAUAUCUAGAACAAUUUCAGUCCAUGGCUCAAUUACACCAAGAGUACGAGAAACAGUACAAUAUCAAAAGAAAAAAGUGUUUGUCUAUAACCAAACUAACGGAAAUUGUAAACGAGCUCAAAAUUGGAAUAUUUACACCUCGAAAGAAUAGAUGCGAUGAGUGUUAUAAAUUUGAAAACGAAAACUUAGAGGAAGGUCCAUUUUUGAAACAAUGUGAAGAAAAAGACAGGGCUAGAAACGAAAAAGAAUUUGACAAAAAUAGAGCCAUUUUUGGGGAUCUUCAAGCGGUCAAGAUUUGUCCUCAGCUAAAAGCUAGCUCACUGUAUUACAAAGUAAAGCUUUGUUGCCACAAUUUUUCCAUCUACGACUUGGCAACAAAUUUGGGACCUUGCUAUUGGUUUGACGAAACCAAAACAUAUCUGCAAGCCUCAGCAUAUGCCUCGUGUGUUGUCGAUUAUCUCAAAGAUAACUUUUUGGACAACGGUGACAAAAGAGAAAUUAUUAUAUUUUCAGAUGGUUGCAUGGCACAAAAUCGCAAUUCCAUAAUGUCAAACGCGCUACUUCAUUUGGCUGAAACUUAUGGUGUAAAAAUAACACAAAAAUAUCUGGCCAAAGGCCCUACCCAAAUGGAUUGCGAUAGCGUACAUGCUUGUAUUGAAACUUCAUUGAAAAAUAAGGACAUUUAUCUUCCAAGCGAUUAUGCUCGAAUAAGAAAAGAAGCUAAGAAGAAAACCCCCUAUGUAGUUAAAACACCAGACUGA